AGAGAGAGAGAGAGAGAGAGAGAGAGAGAGAGAGAGAGAGAGAGAGAGAGAGAAGGAGUGAAGGUGCGUUUUGAUGUUUGGCAUCCACGAGAGCAUCCAGAGGAGUGGGAGUAGUAUGAAAGAGGAGCCCAUGGUGGCCGGGAUGAACGCGGUUCGGACAUGGAUGCAGGGUGCCGGAGUGCUGGACGCCAACACAGCCGCCCAGAGCGGAGUGGGUCUCGCUCGGGCGCACUUCGAGAAGCAGCCGCCCUCCAACCUCCGCAAGUCCAACUUCUUCCACUUCGUCCUGGCUUUGUACGACAGGCAGGGUCAGCCAGUGGAGAUAGAGAGGACGACCUUUGUCGACUUUGUGGAGAAAGAAAAGGAAACGACGGGGGAAAAGACCAACAAUGGCAUUCAUUAUAGGCUUCAGCUCCUCUACAGUAACGGAAUCCGGACAGAGCAGGACUUGUAUGUUCGGCUCAUCGACUCCAUGACUAAACAGGCGAUUGUUUACGAGGGUCAGGAUAAAAAUCCGGAGAUGUGUCGGGUCCUCUUGACCCACGAGAUCAUGUGCAGUCGGUGCUGCGAUAAGAAGAGCUGCGGCAACAGGAACGAGACCCCGUCAGACCCCGUCAUCAUCGACAGGUUCUUCCUCAAGUUCUUCCUGAAGUGCAACCAGAACUGCCUGAAGAAUGCAGGGAACCCUCGAGACAUGAGGCGUUUUCAGGUGGUUGUGUCGACUACGGUGAGCGUCGAGGGCCAUGUCCUGGCCGUGUCCGACAACAUGUUUGUGCACAACAACUCCAAACACGGUCGGCGGGCUCGACGGCUGGACCCCUCGGAAGGAACGCCGUCCUACCUGGAACACGCAACUCCCAGCAUCAAAGCCAUCAGUCCCAGUGAAGGCUGGACCACAGGGGGCGCAACAGUCAUCAUUAUCGGAGACAACUUCUUCGAUGGCCUCCAAGUCAUUUUUGGGACAAUGCUCGUCUGGAGUGAGUUGAUCACGCCCCACGCCAUCCGCGUGCAGACCCCGCCCAGGCACAUCCCGGGGGUGGUGGAAGUCACGCUAUCCUACAAAUCCAAACAGUUCUGCAAAGGCACACCUGGACGCUUCAUCUACACAGCGCUAAACGAGCCAACAAUAGACUACGGCUUCCAGAGAUUACAGAAGGUCAUCCCCAGACACCCUGGAGACCAGGAGAGAUUACCCAAGGAGGUGAUUUUAAAGAGAGCAGCCGACCUGGUGGAGGCCUUGUACGGGAUGCCUCACAACAAUCAGGAGAUGAUUUUAAAACGAGCGGCGGACAUCGCAGAGGCCCUCUACACGACGGUGCCGCGGGGCCACAACCAGCUCGCCGGUCUGGGCAGCGGCUCCGUCCACGCUGGCAUGAUGGCCGUUAAUUCCUUCUCCGGGUCGGAGGUGGGGCAGACGGCCAAUCAGGGUUUCAGUAGAAGUACAAGCAGUGUGUCCCCUCAUGGUUACGUCCCCAGCUCCACUCCUCAGCAGAGCAGCUACAGCUCUGUCUCCACUAGCAUGAACGGCUACGCUAACUCUGGCAUGGCAACCCUGGGCACCUCACCCAAUUUCCUCAAUGGAUCUGCCGGCAACUCGCCCUAUGCUAUCGUCCCGUCCAGCCCGACCAUGGCGUCGUCAACCAGCCUGGCGUCCAACUGCAGCAGCUCCUCCGGCAUCUUCUCUUUCUCCCCGGCUAACAUGGUCUCUGCCGCCGUCAAGCAGAAGAGCGCCUUUGCCCCCGUCGUCCGGCCCCAGAACUCGCCUCCCCCCACGUGCACCAGUGCUAACGCUAACAGCCUGCAAGAUCAAUCUUUCGUGGACUCUAGCAAGUACUCAUCAGCCAGCUCUCUGCAGGGCCUGGCCUUCUCUUGAACAAUCCCUGGGAUGAUUGUUCCACCCAUGUAGAGGAUGUGGGAAGCUGGAGAUUUUUUUUUUUUUUUUUUGGAGGGGGGGGGGGUGUUGAGAGGAAAAAGACACAGCAGUGGAGUCUCUGUUAUUCUCCAGAGCUUAAGCGAAGGAAGCGCAGAUAAGAUGCGGGACUGUAAAACUCAGGCCUUUCCAACGGGAUUUCAUCGGAAUGGGGAUAUGAAAGAAGAUAAAGGGGACAUAUUGAGCCUUUGUGAUGUUUAUUUUUUUUUUUCCUCUCCCUUUUUUGGUUGAAUUAGUGUAGCAUCUCUGACACCAUGCUGGACGGAGUGUAAAGAGACUGAUCGCUUGCCCACAGUGUGACACUGACCUCAUGAAAAGAGCAUUUAUUUAUCUUGAUGUUUAUGGCCGGAAGCUGGUGGGUCCGAUUACGGAACGCUUCCACGCCGUCCUGCGGCCGUCCGCCGUCCACGAAGUUCUCUCUUUGAUUUAGGCGGCUCUCUUGAAACCACCUCGCCACCGGUCUGCGUAGUAAAACACAAAGAAAUCAGAGAAGAGAACAAAGUCCACCCUCAAUUUUUUUGCUGCUAAUUAUAUCCCAAAUCUAAAGAGUUGUCCUUUAAAAAGAUCCCAGCCUGCCUUUUGUGUUUUUGUUUUUCUCCAUUUCUCAUUUGGUUUGUUUGUAUGAAUUUUUUUUUUUGAUAAAACUGUGAGGAUUGAGCUGUUUGCAAUAUGCUUUUUCUCUGCUUUCAUGUGAAGAAAAAAGGUGAAUAUUUUGCCUUUUUUUAUUUUUAUUUUUAUUUUUUGGUUGGAGAUGUUAGCGAAGACUUGAAAAGCCAGAGGAAUGUGCGCGUCCAGCCAGCACUGUCAAUGAAGGAGCCUAGCAAUUAUCAAAUUUAUCAAAAAAAAAAAAAAAAAAAGCGUGAUAUAUGUGAUAUAUUUUUGUAUAUAUUAAAUAAAAAAGUUGAUUUGUGUUGUUUGUUUUUAAUCUGGCAUCUCAUUUCCUUUUUGCGAUAGCUAUAGUUCGGGAUGUAAGCAUUAAACGUCUCAUGGCAGCUUCUCAGUACAGACGGUUUUUCUGUGUUGUCAAUAUCUCAUCUGCAAAAACCUGACAAAACGUGGAUUUGGAUUCGGAAAAAAAAAAAAAGAAGGGGGGAAGUCCUGUAAAAUAUUCUAUAAAUAAUGUAUUUAUCCUGUGUAUGUACAUUGACUUUCACCAUCGUUUAGUUGUGUUGUGUAUGUUUAAUACAAGAAACUGAACAUAUUUCAGUGUUUUUGCUUUGUUACUGUCGUCUCUCACUAUUUAAAUGUGACGGUUUUAAUUGAUUUUGUAAUUUUAAACGUUGACUGUUUUUGCAUCGAUAUACCUUCUUUUCUUUUUUUUUUCAUUCAAAACAUGCCAUUGUCUAUUUUUGUAUUAUUUGUAAGUUAAUAAAAGAAUUCUGUUCUUUUUUUUUUUUUUUUUUUCCUUAUAAAAAUGUUUAUUGUACGGCAAAAAAGUAGCAUCUUUACAGAGUAUUUGGUUGAGGUAGAUUUUUUAAGAAUAUAAACACACAUUAAUAUAUACUGUAAAUCUAUAUCUUUUUGUUUGAACCUUUGAGGCUUUUAGAUGGAUACUGUUCUUGAUCUGAUAAUAUGCAUGGGUUCUUCUCUUGAGUGACUGCUUUUUGCGUGUGUGUGUGUGUGUGUGUGUGUGUGUGUGUGUGUGUGUGUGUGUGUGUGUGUGUGUGUGUGUGCGUGUGUGUGCGUGUGUGUGGACACCAAGAGACCUAAGGAAACGCUCGGUUUAUUCUUUUGUUGUGUUCCUUUUUUCCCUCCCUUUGUUCUUUUCUUUUAUGUUAUUUAUGCCUGCUUACAUCUACUAUCUAUAUACUCUUUCAUUUUUUUUUCUGCCACUGUAAUCUUUACCAGCAGUCUAGAUGCCUUAACAAUGCAAACCCUUUUUUUUUUCUUCGUUCAAUCACGUGUACAGUUUUCUACCCUUCACCACAAUUGUGUGUUGCCACAGAGGAAUUCACGAGAACUUUGGGGACAAAGCACAAAGCCGCUCCGUUCGGUGCUGAAGCCAGACUAGAAUACAAAGAGCCAUAAUUCACCCAUCUCACAUGCCCCGAUGUACUAUAACGCCGUGGCAAUGGCAUGCUUUGCCAAAGGCAGUCCAGAGCAGACUGACUCCGUUAUGCUUGCUGCACAUUACGGUUAAAAGAAAUUGGUGUUUUUUUUUUUUUUUCGGGUGUUUUUAACAGAUUGUGCAGCUUUUUUCUCAAUUGGUAAUUUAUUACAGCAGCAUGACGGUGACAUUUUUCUCCAGUUUCACAACACAAGGUAGUAUUUUUUUUUUUUUUUUUUCUUUCGAAUUUCUGACUUGUCACAGCACAAUUUUACUAUCCGGCCUACAGUAGCUGGCACAGAGCUCGACCUCAUCGGUGACUAAACAGGACGGCGGUACGUGAGGCUGCACGGGACGCACCCCCUCGGCCCCCCCGUCAGCCAUUUUCGUAGUCUUCUCUUUGUCUCUGCCGUGUGUCUUCAAGCUGUUGCUGGACAGAGGCGAAUGGGUGGGUGUGGGGGGGGGGGGGGGGGGUUGCUCUCUCUUUGCUUUUCCUUUCAAGGGGCCUGGUUUUGUUAAAAUGGCUAGAAAGGAUCGUUUUAGCGGCGGCGCCUGCUGACUGACAAGUGUUUUCCAGGCACUUAUUUUCCUCUGCCGCCCGCCCGGGCGACCCGGGAUGCAGGGGUGGAGGGUGGGGUGGGGGGGGGGUGGGGCAACUUGGUGGGUGGUGUGGGUCGGUCUGUUUCAGAUAAUCUACAGAGGUCUGUUGUCAUACAAUGGCAUCUUUGUAAGCAAAGUUCCAUCCUGAACAUGAAUAUCAGUAGCCUGAUGGGUGACAAAGUUUUUGUAUUUAGGUAACAAACAACAAGAACAAAAAAAAAAAAAAAAAAAAAAAAAAGAUGCAAACCAAAUAGCUGGUGUCUAUUUUUUCCUCUGUUUGUCUUUGACUGCAAAUACACUGAACAGCUCUAUAAUAUAAGGGAAUUAAAAAAAAAACCUCUACUGUAUAGAUUGUUAUUGUUUUUGAUGAAAAUUGAGCUGUAAGAUAACUUUUGGACUCUCACAAUGUUAAUUAAAGUUACCUCUUGUCUGUGA